AUUUGUCAUUUUGUCAAAUGUCAAUUAUUGUCAUAUUCCCAAAUCGCAAUCCCAAAUAACUUGAAACGCUGUUCCCAAAAAAUGAAAUCAUACACAAGUAUUUGGACUUAUUUUAUUAGAAAAUCAUCGAUCAGUUACUAUAUACCGAAACUUUCUACGUUUAGGUUUUUAGAUAGAUGAAAAACUGUGAUAUUGCCAUAUAUAUUCGCUAUACAUUCUAGUCAGAAAUGUUAUUUUCAGAAAUCCCGUACAGAUUGGAGUUUCUUGAUAAUUUUUACUUAAAAUUUGUAUCAGAAUCCUUGUUAUAUUUACGAAAUUUUGUGUUAUAUAUCUGUUUAUGGGUGUUUGGAUACUUGUGUCUGUGUUGUAUAGUGUACCGUAAAUAUGCCAGGAGAUUACCAACUCGGACUCGCGGAGCUCUUCGUGCUAAGAGAGUACUAAUUGUAAUAGCUCAUCCUGACGAUGAAUGUAUGUUUUUCGGCCCGACCAUUUAUAGACUAUGUGAACAGGGUGCCGAAGUUUAUAUGCUGUGUUUAUCACACGGUAAUUUUGAAGGAAAAGGUCAUAUACGCAUGCAAGAACUGUGGGAUGCAUGUAAGGAGCUUGGUGUCUCGGACCAUAAUGUUUGUCUCAUAAAUGAUACAAGAUUGCCAGACAAUCCCAAGGUACAAUGGCCUGUGCCAGUGGUUGCGAAGCUCAUUGAGCACCAAGUGGAAGCUCUGGAUAUUGAUACACUGGUCACAUUCGAUAGAGGGGGUGUGUCCUCGCACCCUAACCAUGCAGCUGUGUUUUAUGCUGUCGCUUAUAUGUUUGUGGAAAAAGUCAUGCCGGAAAAAUGCACUGUAUACACUUUAGACUCUGUAAAUAUAUUAAGGAAAUAUUUAGGAUUCCUGGACCUGCCACUAAGCUUUCUGCUGUCUUCAAAGAGAUAUUUCCUUCGCUGGACGGAAAGCCGCCGAGUGCUGCGCGCGAUGAAGCGACAUAAAAGUCAAAUGGUUUGGUUUAGAUAUUUGUAUGUUAUAUUUUCUAGAUAUAUGGUUAUCAAUACAUUAAGGAAAAUUAGUCUUGCCGACAUUGAACUAGAACUUGAAGUGGAUGAUUGAAAUUGCUUUAAUUGACUCUUAUGUGAAUGUAAAACCUGGACUAUUUAAAAAAUACUCUAAGAAAAGCUAGUAUAUCUUACAUAACCUAGGGUUUAUUGGUAAGACCAUUCCAUUGCUUCAUGUACAAUACCUAGUGUAUCGUCAAACCUACUGAAUAUAGUGUAGAUAAAUAUUAAGACUUGAUAAUGUACAAAAAUAACAACAUUCCCUUUCUUGUAUAAUAGUUUCCUCUGAGAUUGUGUCCAUUUUGUAUGUAAGUUUUAACAAAUGGGAAAUUAAACGAAUGUAAUUAUAAUGUACAGAGAUGAUGUAUUUCACUGAACACAAUAAGAUGUGUAGAUAGGUACUUAAAUAGUAUAAAUUAUUCAUAAGAAUAUCCUUAUCGUAUCUAAAAUGAUAGUAUCUGUGUUUCUUAACUGUUUUUUCGAGAAUAGGCUACUGUUUUGACAAGACUUCAAUAAUAUUAAGUCAAAUCACAAGGCGCAUGAGCAAGCUCUAUGGCACUGUUUUUGUUCUAUGUAGGGGUGUUUUUAAUAUUGCACGCACGCGGGAAUGCCUCGCACGCAUAUUAUCAGCAAGUGCCCUUUUCAAGCAAGUACCUAUGUAUUGGAUUGUAAUAAAAUAUGUAAACACUCAAGCAUGACGCUGAAAGGAAUUCUAGAAACGACAAUUUUCCGCAUACCAGGCAAUUUCCGCGUGCGAGAUAAAAUCCGUACGAUAUUCAAAAAUUGUAAGUUAAAGAUUUUACAAAAAGAAUUGCCUGGGAAUAGCAAGUAGAGUAUAAGUACGUCGUUUCAGGUGAGAUAAUUAAAUUUAAUGUAAUGCCAAUUUUGAGUGGAAUUAUUAUUAAUUUAACGAUAAGUGAUGUAUAAGCUAAAUAAAAAUUACUUCUGUGGUCGUUAUCUAUAAGAUUUAUAAGAUGUGCAAUUUAAUAAGUGUUACAAGGCAAUUACGAUUGUUUACAAGCUUUUUCAUUCUAUUUGAUUGGGUGGAUGAACUGGUGCCCAAAAAAUAUUUAUUUAUUUACUUUCCAUGCCUUUAGAGUCUAAUAAAGGCAUCUACACCCUAGAUUGUCAUGUUCAAAUUUAAAUGUGGUCCCCCAAUCUUUCUAAGAAAUUGCAAUUAUUUGCAUUCCAAGAAAAGAUAAUAAUCUCAUUCAUUUCAUUCUCUUCAAUUUUUACUCAUACGAUUUAAGCGUGUUUAUUACUUUUAUUUUAAACUUAAUAUUUAUCGUUUCGAUUUCUUAGCAGCGUUAGAUAUUUUAUCGUACAUUAUGAUUAAAUAGUUUUAUCUCUGUGCUUCAAUAGUAAUGCGCUAAAAAUUUUUAGUGGCAAUUAUUAAAUUAAUAUAUUAUGUUGACUUUUGUGAAAUGUAUUUUAAUAAUUGAAGAUGUUGUAUGUAUGAUACUUAAAAGAUUAAUGAUUUAAAUGUAUAGCUAUAAAGUAGGAACCCUUAUUUGAAAAAAUAUAAUGUUUUGUUAUUGUUUUGCAUAUAUCUGUGAUGAAAAAAAUCUAUUAAAAAUUAAAAUCACA